CAAACCCGUUCUCUCCUUCUGCUCACAAUCUCUCCUCCUCCUCCUCCUCCCUUUUCCCGAUCCCUCAUAUUUUGCGAGCGCGAUAGUCUGAUAGAUCCCUCCUCUUUCCUUUCUUGUUCCGACUUUUAAUACCUAGAGAUACUCGCCUUGAUUGGUCUUAUCUCACCUUUGUCGUGAGUCCGAGGUCCUGGUCCUGAUCCUGAUCUUGCGUCCAUUCACCAACCGAGCAUUGAGCAUUGAGCAUUGGCACCGCCUUACCUUGUGCUGAGGCUGUGAAUGGCCGAUUCACGUACCCCAAACUAACGCAAAUUAAAAUAGGCAAGGCACACAAUCCUUCAACACCAACACCUACACUCCGGUCCUUUCCAAAUACCAGAAGCUUGCACCACAUCAAUUCAUGGCGAAAAUACGAAUCUAAUAGAACCGCGAAACCCUCUCCAUCCAAUUGAAUCAUAAUACCUCCGGUCAUCAAUUCGGUUACGAGAUCAUCCAAGUGAAGGAGGAAGAUCAGAUUGCCUAACAUGGCAAAGAAGAGCUGCAUGAGCAGUCUGCGCGGCGUUUUCCAGAGUGUUCUGUUCGCGUCGAUUAUCUAUGGCUGCAUUUAUCUCACAGUCGUCAUUUUCCAGACGGGCUCAAUCCCAAAAUCACCCGCCGAUCUCUACAAAACCCCGUCGGCGAACCAUCGGCCAGGGUCCUCCUCGUCCGACAGCGUUGGGUCGGCGGGCCCACGAUUGCCUACCACCAAAUUGAAGGCAGAGGAUAUCAAGCCGAGUGCGAAUUGGUUCAAUCGGCCAGAGAGCUUGGUGGUUCCCAAGGACAACUACUUGGGGAAACGACCUGACGUCGAUACUGUCGCAAACCUAACAAGAUUGGUAGAAGAAUGCAGAGGAUCAUAUGCAAACAUCGAGAAGAUGCCGUAUGUCUACGACUGCCUGAAGUAUAUGGAAACAGCCGAACAUGAAUACUAUUACACCCCUCCCCCCGGCGAGCGGGCGAGCGAGCAACCCCCGAGGCUUGCAGAAUAUCUCAAUUCAGAUGGAGCCGAUAACACUCUUGCCGAGUAUCCAACAUACAAGCCCGCCACUAAGACCUCCAUCGGGCAAUGCAACGGGCCAAUUGUGCCCUACCAUGUAUACUGGACUGGUCCUGCUACGUGGCGAGUCGAGCUCUUUGUAAAGAGUCAUUUCCAUACACAGAAUAUACCUUGUGUUAGACUAUGGAUCUGGUUGGAUGGCGAUCGAGAUGCGAAAGCGGUGGACAAGAUGAUGAACCAUGAUCCUUUGUUCAAGAAAUUUCUACCUUUCGUUGAACGUGGAGAUAUCGUCUUGAAAACAUGGAAAUUCCCAUCUAGAAUCCCAUUACCAAAAGGCGACAAUACCGACGGAGUUGGAUACUACAAAAACCCCGGGAAGCCAAAUUCCAAGAACGAGACAUUGGUAGGCGACAGCUUGAUCCGCGAUGCGAACGAUCAAGAGUGGCUGGUUUUGACCGAGAAGCAAAUGACAUUCUUGCCUGUCGCGGUAUCGGAUGCGGUUCGAUUUGUGGUUCUACAUAUUUAUGGGGGGGCAUAUUUCGAUAUGGAUGUGGUAAUGCUUCGGGACAUGCGCCCGCUUUUGAUUGGAGAAAAGCAUUCAUUUGCUGAACGUUGGGGCGGACACCCUUCGCCUGGAGAUUAUAACACUGCCAUCAUGUCACUUUCAGCCAACUCGACACUAUCUUCGUAUUUGCUUCGAGGGGGAGUACGCAUGGGUCUUAACUUCCACCCACGAGUUAUUGGAGUCAUGAGUGUCAAGGACCACCGAAAUCAGGAAUUUCAUAUGCUUGAAACUGCAGCCUUCGAUCCAAUCUGGACAGAAUUUAAUUGGGAUCGAUUAGGAAGAUGCACUGUUCCUUGCAUUCACGACUAUGGGCAGGUCUUUAAGGGCAAGAACGCUUUUCCGUUGAAGGAUGAAUGGGAAAGUUACGACGGUCAACCAUUGAAGAUGAUUUCAGCAUCAAAAAAGAGCCACUUUUGGGAAAUGAAGCGAGACGUGGUUGAGGUAGAAGCACGAUCUUUGGAGGUCCGGGCAAGCGAGAAGCCAAAGCCAGUAUCAAGCACAGAUGUUGUUGUGAUCGACAAAGAUGCAUUGAGCAAAGCAGAGUAUAAAAUCGAGGAAGACAAGUACCCGCCUACGAACCGAACCAUGGAGAACUUUUUCCGGGGUGCAUGGACAUAUCAUGUUCACAACCAGGUUAGUUUACAGCUUCCUUUAUUUUUUUACCAUCCAGCUAACCAUAAUUACAGUGGGCCAAGAAUCCCGAGCCUUCUUCCUGGCUGAACGUGAUACAACGUGCACAAGACGGUUUCUUUUCUCAUGGUCGAACGAAUCCAUAUGGCGAAAAGUGGGACGGUCCAGACAUUGUUGAAUAUGAAAAGAGCUGGGAGUACCCUUGAACCGACAAAACCGCAACCCUCAGGCCAUCUCAACCUCGGCCAGAUGAAGCGGUGCCCGUAGGGAUGCAACACUCCUCACGACGAUGAUGACCCGGUACAUAGCUUCAUGAUCUACGACACCCCUUUAAUUCCCUUCUCGCAAAUAGAAACCCCUCAACAUAACCCGUCACACACAACAGAGAAAACCGAAACUUUUGAACAUCACAUGGCAACAGGACCGGAUUAGGCAAGGAUCCAGGAGUUACAUACAAGGAGUAGAGAAGCCGUACAUACCGCCUGUGUUUAUCGUCCUUCCUUCAACGUUUGGAAGGGGGGACUUGUUAUAAAUACGAACCGAAAAACAAAGGCGAGCGAUCAUUGCAGGCGCACGAUUGGGAUUUUUGACUUUUUUUUUUCUUGCUUUUCUUUUUUCUCAGGAGUCAAAGGAAAGGACAAGACCUUGGAUUCGGUUUCUUGUUGUUGUCUUAGAUCAGAGGGAAUGAACCUGUAUUUAGGUUUUUGGAUUUUGGAUUUUUUGAGCUCUUCUUCUUUUUUUUCCCUUCUGCUGUGUGUGGUGUGGAGGGGGUGUAGCUGAGAUUCAGGCAGAGGAUGAAUGAGAGUGAGGAGUGGCGUCUCGGCUUCCACGAUUUUGAUGGAUAGGUAUCGCAGGACAAGCAUGCGGGUCGUUGAGUUGGUUGACUUGGGUGUGGGGUGCAGACGGGGAUGAGUGAGGUUGAGGUGGGAUGAGAUGUUUAGCGCUAUACUAUACCCUUGAAUAAGAAAGUUGUG